ACAGUUUUUAAAUGGAAACCUAAACCGAAUAUCCUGAGUUUUAAGUGUCGUCCGUCCGCCGCCCCCAAAAUCUAACCACCGCUGCGCCGCCGUGAUUUUUCCCUACAAUUACAAUUACAAUUCCCCCGAAAUGGUCCCCGUUGUUCUAACAUUUCAAGCUACUCCUACACUGCAACCAUCUUUCAUUCAUCAUUAUAAUCAUACUCCCACCAUUACAAUUAACCAUCAUCUACUCCCAUCUAAAACCCUAAACCCUAGCUCACUCCGGUUUUCUCGCUCUCUUCAUUUCCACAAGCUCUCAGCAUACUAUUCUUCUUCUUCUACUAGUGCAUCAUCAUCGCACACUGAUUAUAAAAAGGAUGUCGAUAGUUUGUACAGGCGAAUAUCCCCGGUUGGAGACUGGAGUGAGUCCGUUGUUCCCAUACUUAAUCACUGGAUUCAGGAAGGGAGGACUGUCAACAAGGUGCAGCUUCAGAGAAUUAUUCGGGAGCUUAGACGAUACAAACGUUACAAGCACGCGCUUGAGGUUUCUGAGUGGAUGAGUGACAGUAUGUAUCUUAGACUUUCACUUGGUGAUAUGGCUAUCCGGAUGGACUUGAUCUAUAAAGUUCAUGGGAUCGACCAAGCUGUGAACUAUUUCAAUAACAUUCCCGAACAAAAGAAAGACGUGGAGGUGUAUGGUGCACUUCUUUACUGCUAUGCUGAAGAGAGAUCUUUGGAGAAAGCAGAGGACCUCAUGCAGGAAAUAAGGGCUUUGGGAUUGUUGAUGGAAACAGUGAGCUACAAUGUCAUGCUUAAUCUCUAUUGUAAGACUGGAAACUUUGAAAAAUCAAAGUCUCUGAUACAUGAGAUGGAAGAGAAAGGCAUCAAAAUGGACAAAGUUACCUAUAGCAUCCUGCUUACUGCAUGUUCCAGCAGCUGUGACACCAAAGAGAUUGAUUCGAUACUUCAGAAAAUUGAAUCUGAUCCUGAGCUGGUUUUGGAUUGGAACAUCUAUAUCACUGCUGCACAUACAUAUAUAAAAGUUGGUUGCAUAGACAAGGCUUCGGAGAUGUUGGAGAAAUCUGAGGGAUUCAUACUAAAAUGCAACAAAAAGAAUACUGGAUUUGAUUUCCUUCUCACACAAUACACUAAUUUGGGUAAUAAAGCGGAAGUAUGGCGUGUUUGGGAACUCUACAAGAGUAUAGAAAAAAUUAACAACAGUGGCUAUAUACGGAUGUUACCAUCUCUUUUAAAGUUUGAUGAUGUUAAAGGUGCAGAGGAUGUCUUCAGGGAUUGGGAGUCCAGUCAGCUGACUUAUGAUUUUCGGAUUCCAAACUUCUUAAUUGGUUAUUACUGCAGAAAAGGUCUUAUGGAGAAAGCUGAAGUUCUUCUAGACAGGGCCAAAAAUAAUGGAAAACCACAACCUCAAACAUGGUAUUAUUUUGCCACAGGUUAUGUUGGUUGUGGACAACUUCCAAAAGCUGUAGAAGCAAUGAAAAGAGCCAUUUCAGAGUGCCGACGAGGAUGGAAGUUGCCAAGCACAGAUAUUUUGAUCGCUUGUUUGGAAUACAUUAAAAAUAACUGUGAUGUCGAGGAAGUAAAGGGUUUUAUAAGGUCCCUUGUUGCAAAGGAAAUCAUCUCUACUGACACCGAAAAAGAGAUGUUAAAUUAUUCUGGCAUUAGCAAAGAAGAUCAUGAUUCCAAAACAUCUACUGAAGGUGAUUUGAUCGUGUUAGGUGAAGUAUGUAAAACUUAAAUUCUGAAGCAGUAGUAGAAUCUCCUGGAAAUGAUUAGCAAUUUUCUUUUAGUGAAAAACCAAAUCGGAAACAAGCAUCCAGGCGGGAGGUUUUGUGUGUGUGUCUGUGUUAUUCAGUUAGAUGUAGAAAGUAGAAACUCAUCAGCAGUUUACUGCCAAUGCAAAUCGGUGUAAUGUGCUCCCAAAGUGAUAAUAUGCAAAAAAAAAAAAAAAAAGAAGUUAAUGCAAAAGAAUAUCUUUUUUAUAUA